AUGAACCAUUUAGUAGAGGUGCAAGCGGAGCUUAAAACGCGUACAGUGAAGGGCGAGGAGAGGGGGAUUGGGAAAGGGAGCCAGGGGAGCAUCAGGAGAGUAGGGGAAGAGGAGGGGGGAGAAACGGGAGGUGGAGAUCUGAGCGGUAAAAGGAGAGUAGGAAAUGUGGGGGGAAAGAGUGAGGGAGGCGGGAGGACGAGCUACGGGGCGAAAGGCUGCAAGGAGGAGGAGGAGGAGGAGGCAGUGGCAGUGAUUGCUGGAGUGCUGAGGGAAAAAUUCGGGCCUCAGAUUGUGAGAGAGGAGUUGGAGGAGUGGGAGAGUGGGUUAGGAAGCAGCGAGGACGAAGACGGGGUGGGGAUAGUGAGUGAGGAGGAGGGGGGCGAUGAGGAGGAGGAGGAGGAGGAGGAGGAGGAGGAGGAGGAAGCAGAAGCAGAAGCGUGUGAGGAGGACGCACCACCCACCACAUCUCCUCCCACACGCCCUCCUCCACUCAACAGCCCUCGGGUCGUAUCUCGCUCCUCCCUCCUCUCCCUCUACCGCUUCUUCUCCUCCCACCUCGGCAUCUCCUCCCCUUCCACUGUCGCUUCCCUCCUCGCUUCCCACCCCCAACUGCUCCGCUCCAAUCCCACCAAUGACUUCCUGCCACGUGUCCGUCUCCUCCAGUCAUAUGGCAUAUCUCAUGCCGAUAUCCUCCACAUCACUGAGAGAGCUCAGAAACUCUCUUAG